AUGACCUCUACCAAACUCAUCGUCGUUCUCGGUGCCACCGGCAACCAAGGCGGAUCUGUCAUCAAGACCUUCCUCAAGGAUCCUACCUGGCGUAUACGGGGUCUAACCCGGAAUGUCUCCAGUGAGAAGGCUCAACGCCUUCAAGCACAGGGUGUUGACAUCAUGAAGGCGGAUUUGGAUGAUCCCGCUUCUCUCACAGCAGCGUUCCAGGGAGCGACGGUCAUCUUCAGCGUGACCGAUUUCUGGAAUGCGUUUGCGAGCAUUGCCCAGAGCGGCGAGGACAAAGGCCAGUCGAUGAUAAAGCGGACAUAUCAGUAUGAGCUUCAACAAGGAAAGAAUGUUUUUGACGCUGCGGCAAAGAUAGCGACGUUGGAGAGGCUCGUUUUCUCUAGUCUGUCUAAUGCCUCGAAGUGGUCGAAGGGCAAGUAUACGCACGUGCUGCAUUUCGAGGCGAAGGCACAUGCAGCUGAUUAUGGCAAGGAGACGUAUCCGGAGCUCUGGAAGAGGACUAGCGUUGUCCAGGUCGGGUGGUACCUGUCGAACUUCCUUGGUUCAUUUUUGAAGCCCAAAAAGACUGAUAAUGGAGUUUACCAAUUUGUUGGCGGUCUGAAGGGAGAUGUUAAGCUUCCAAUUAUUGCAGCCGAAGAUGAUACUGGUCCAGCUGUAAAAGCUCUCGUGUUGAGUCCGCCAGGAAAGAAUCUCAUUGCCUACCGGGAGUGGAUGACGCUGGAUGAAUUCGUCCGUACCUGGAGUCGUACACUCGGGGUUCCUGCUGAGAGUGUUACCCUGCCUGAAGGUCAGUCUAUCGAGGGUGCACCGGAGAUGUUGAAACAGGAGUUCCUAGACAAUUGGGGAUACUGGAAUGAGUUUGGCUAUGAAGGGCGCGAUGACCCGACUGUUGUCCACCCGAAACAGCUUGAGGUUGGCUUUGAGCUUCCCACUGUAGAGGAGUGGAUUAAAAAGCAGGAUUGGUCGGAGAUAUUGUAG